AUGGCGCCUUCUCAAAAAACAGUCUUGGUUAUUGGUGGUACGGGUGCUCAAGGCCAGGCAGUUGUCAAAGCCCUCACCGCCGAUGCUAAAUACGCCGUCCACGUCCUGACCCGCACCGCGACAUCCGACGCAGCUAAAGAGCUCGCCUCAAUCCCCGGCGUCACCAUUGUCCAAGGUGACGCUUUCGAUGAAGCCACUUUGUUCAAAGCCUUCUCCGCUGUCGACUUCGCCUACGUCAACACUAACGGCUUCUCCAUCGGCCAAUCCAAAGAGACCUACUGGGGCAUCCGCAUGUACGAGAUCGCCGCCGGCACCGGCCUCAAGCACUACCUCUGGUCCGGGCUCGCCUACGCCAGCAAACUCGGAGCAUAUGACCCGAAGUACAAGUGCGGGCAUCUGGAUGCGAAGGGGCGAGUAAGCGAAUUCCUUUCCAACCAGCCGACGAGCCCGAUGAAGUGGUCUGUGCUGUCGAGUUGUUUGUAUCUGGAUAUGUUUUCGUCUCUGCUUUUGCCGAAGCCGGACCCGGCGGAUCCUGAGGUGAAUGUUUUCUCGCUGCCGUUGGGAGCGGGACAUCCGCCGCUGAUCCAUUUGCCGGAUUUGGGGAGGUAUGCGAGAUGGAUGUUUGAUACACCAGAGCGGAGCAGUGGCUUGAAUCUCCAGAUUGGGACGGAGAAUAUCAGCUGGGAGCAUGUUGCGAAAACGUUCACCGAGGUGACGGGGAAGAAGGCGGUGUACAAAGAUGUCACGCUGGACGAGUACUUCGCCUCGGGUGUUUUCCCGGCUCCGGAUGCGAAGUUGGGAUAUUCGGCGGACCAAAACGAUUCGACGCUGAUGACGUACCGCGAGAACUUCAGUGGGUUCUGGAAUACGUGGAAGGAUAACCUGGUGAAGACAGAUUAUGCACUUUUGGAUGGUAUUCUGCCGGACAGGGUCAAGUCGUUGGGAGAGUGGAUGAGGUUGACUGGAUACAAUGGCGGCCACAAGGCGAUUUUGAAGGAUACAACUGAUAAUGCUGGCUCUAGUCAUUGA